GGAAAAAGAACAAAAAAGUUUAGCAUAUGUUCUACGCACCUAAAACGACACCGUUUCUUCCAUGAUGGAGUUGAUCAUAUACCAAUAUAGCCGUUAUAGAGUUUUGCCAGAUACCAGCACCAACGGUCAACAAGAUCAUAUAUUUUUCAAAGGCAAAUUCGACCGUUGAUUUCCAAAUCAGAAAUUCGACCGUUUUUUAAUACUCUCCCGCUCCCAAAAAAAACCAGCAAAGUGAACAUCAAAAUUAAACAGAGACAACAAAUACAUUUAAUUCUUUCACGUUCCUGAAAUUGACAUGGCUGAAGGAAAAGAGGAUCCGAAUUUAUUCCAAAUUGAUGAAAUGUACGAGUUUUCGGCCCCGAAAUUCUACGAUUUCAUUGACGGAGGGACGGAGGAAGAUAUGCGCAAGGCAGAGCUUUGGUUUGAGAUUACAACUAGCUAUGCUCCUUCACCUUGUAUGCCAAGAAUCAAGACCAGUAGAUCAGUACAACUUGGGAUCCCUUGUGAUUUUAAUGAAGGCGAGAAGUUGCAGAGUAAUAUAAGGCCUGUAGCAGAGGUUAUGGAAGAGGUGACACCAAAUGAGAACAAACCUGCAGCUAAGGUUUUCUCUUCUGCGGUUAAGGAAGAGGUGACACCAAAUGAGGAGAUUUUAGUAGACCUUAAUGGAAGACUUCCCAAUCUGGAAUCUGUAGAGAAACAGCCAACUACUCAAGAAAUGUGCACCCCAGGACCACCACCAACAAUGUCUAAGAAGAUAGACCCUAGGAAGACUGAUUCCAACAAUCAGAAGACAGCAAAGAAAAUUUCAAGCAUGCUUAGAAAUCCUUCAGCAGUGAAGUCAAAAACAUUGCCAGUGAAGAUCGCUAAUCCUGCCAGCGUGAGAAAGCAAGCAAUCAUGAGAAGUGCUGUUGGAACGCCCAAUUUUGGUCAAGAAAACCAAGCUAUAAAGAGACAAAAGCUAGAAAGUGGAAAAGCCAAGCAGAUUCUGGAUGUUAAACCCCCAAAUUUGCUGCACAAAACAAAACCUGGAGUUAAUGGUUCCACCUUCUCUUCGGCUGCCAAAACUCGUAAAGAGGACAGAAAGAUGUACGUCCGAGAACCAGUACCACAGUUUAUUUCAACAGCAGAAAUGAUGAAGAAGUUCCAAUGUAGCACAAGGGAGAUGUCGCUGUCUUGCAUGAGCAGUUCCACUUCGCAUAGGAAACCUAAUAAACUUAAAUUAACUGCGCCUAAAGAACCUGAAUUUGAGACUGUACAACGUGUCCGUCCAACUACAGUGAAGAGUUCAGCUGAGCUUGAGGAAGAAAUGAUGGCUAAAAUUCCCAAGUUUAAGGCUCGCCCAUUGAACAAGAAGAUCUUGGAAGCUCCAAAUCUACCAGCAUUGCCUAAAAGUACACCGCAACUUCCAGAAUUUAAGGAAUUUCAUUUGGAGACGAUGGCCAGGGCCAAUCAGAAUGCGGAAACAUCUUCAGUCUUAUCCAUGGAAUCUACUAAGAGUCACCAAUGGAAGCCACAUCUUACAGCUCCUAAAUCACCUAUUCUGCAAACGUCACUUAGAGCACGGCCUCCACAGAUCAAAAGCUCUGAAGAACUUGAAAAAGAAGGACUUGAAAACAUUCCGAAGUUCAAGGCUAGGCCUUUCAAUAAGAAGAUCUUUGAAAGUAAAGGAGACCUGGGAAUGUUCUGCAACACAAAGAAGCAGGUGACGGUGCCUGAAGAAUUUCAUUUUGCCACAGAUGAAAGAAUUCCACCUCCAGCUAACGUUACUGAUCUCUUUGACAAGCUUUCUCUGAAUUCCGAACCUAGAAAUGAAAAGACUAUACCGACAAACACCAGACCAAGUCCUUUUCGUCUCUACACAGAGGUAAGAGGAGCAGAGAAAGAGAGGAGACUGUUCACUGAACUUCUACAGAAACAGAUUGAAGAAGAGAGGUCAAGAGUUCCCAAAGCAACUCCAUAUCCUUACACAACUGAUUACCCUGUGAUUCCGCCAAAACCAGAACCAAAGCAUUGUACAAAACCAGAACCUUUCCAACUGGAGAGUCUGGUCAGGCAUGAAAGGGAGAUGCAGAGGGAAUUGGAAGAACGGCAAAGAUUGGAGAAGGAAGAAGAAAGAAUGAGGACUUUUAGAGCACAACCAGUCUUGAUCGAGGAUCCAAUUCCAGUUCCUGAAAAAGUACGUAAGCCCCUCACUCAAGUUCAGAAAUUUAAUCUACAUGUAGAUCACCGUGCAACAGAUAGAGCUGAGUUUGAUAAGAAGAUUAAGGACAAAGAACUGAUGUAUCAAAGAUACAGGGAGGAGGCAGAAGCUGAAAGAAUGAUGGAAGAAGAGAUGGCGCUGAAACAACUACGGAGAACUUUGGUGCCUCAUGCAAGACCUGUGCCUAAAUUUGAUCAUCCUUUCCUGCCACAAAAGUGUUCCAAACAAGUGACAAAACCAAGAUCCCCCAAGCUGCUGAUUCUUAAAAGGCAAGAAAGGAGAAAAAUGAUGUGUCCCUAUGCUGCAGUUUCUAGUGCUGCCUCCCAGAUGAGGUGAAGAUACAAACUUUUAAUCGAUCCAAAAACCGGGAGGAAUGUUCAAGAAUCCUUGAACUCCAUAGAGAGAUUAGGGACAAUGUUGUGAAGUGGUUGGAGUCAAUGUGUUUAUCUUAAAAAAUGUGCCCUUAGUAUCAUCAAGUAUAUGGAGUAAAUUAACACAUCGAAAAUUGUAAAACAAUGGCCAUGUGCAUAGUGCCAAUCCUAUAACGUAUAUGGAGUAAAUUAACACAUCGAAAAUUGUAAAACAA